CUCUAUCUGUGUGAAAUUCAAGAUGGCGGCAUUCCGGCGCCCAAGGAAAAGCAAAUGGGAUGUACCUUCCUCUGAAGGAGGGGGUAAUAAUGGUAAUGGAAACAUGUCAGCUACUGAUGCUGCAAAAGAGAGGGCUGCAAAAUUGAAUGCAAUGUUGGCAGCUCAAGGCAAGCUUGCUAAAAGCAACCCACCUCCAGUUUUGGGCCAUCCGUCACCAGCUGCAAAAGUGACACCUCCACCAUCAUUAACUGUUAACAAUGGUGCCAGCAGUGUAAGCCAAGACCUUAUUACAGCUGAAGUGGAAAUUAAUGAUUCUGCUGCCCGCACUCUUCUCUGUAAAGGCACAACCCAAGAUGAGAUCAAUCGUUAUAGUGGAGCUGCUGUGUCCACAAGAGGAAAGUUCAUGUCUGAAAAUGAAAAAAGGGAAGCAGAAGGAACAGGAGUAAAACCACUAUACCUAUGUGUUCAAGGACUCACACAGGAAAAAGUGGAUUUGGCUGUAAAACGGAUUCGAGAGAUAAUAGCUGGUGCAGAUGUCAAUGUCCCCCCACCCUCGCAGCCUCAGAAGAUGCCUGUGACAUCACCUGCCUCCACACCGGCUUGCAACCAACCUUUGCCAAUGUUUGACAGACAGCCAUUACCUCCUGGGAUGCACUAUGUUCAAGACAAAGUUUUUGUUGGUCUGGAUAAUUCAUUACCUGAGUUCAGUGUCAAAGAGAAGUUACAAGGACCUGGGGGAUCAUAUUUUCAGCAUAUCACCAUGCAAACUGGAGCAAAGGUUCAACUUCGUGGUCGAGGAUCUGGCUUUAUUGAGCCUACAUCUGGAAAAGAAGCAUUUGAAGCACUUUACAUCUAUAUAAGUCAUGGUAGAGUUGAUGGUUUAACAGCAGCAAAGACAUUAGUGGAAAAUCUCAUACAAACAGUUCACACAGAAUACAAAGCAUUUGAGCAAACAAGGAGAACACACUAUGGGUAUUCACCAUACAUGAAUGCUGGAAACCAAACCAAUAUGGGUCAGACACCUUCAGGAUAUCAGCCUGCACCAUAUGGAUAUCCACAACCACCACAACCUCCUGGUAAUGGCUACCCACACCCUGCCCAGCCUCCCCCAGCAUCAGGAUACCCAUACAGCAAUCCUUAUCAUGUUCCACCAAUGCAGCAUCCACCUCCAACAAUGCACCAUGGUGCCCCACCUUCUGGCCCUCCACGUUAUGGACCCCCUCCACCCCCAGUAUCUGGUUAUGGCAAUCGUGGACCGCACAACAACCCACACCCACCCCCUAGGGGACCUGCACCAUAUCCUGGCUUUCCUCCUGUUCCUCCUCCCUUUGAAGCCCCUCCUGUUGGACCAUCCUCAUUUGCGCCUCAGCCAGAUGCCUCUUUUCAGCACCCAACUCAUGAUCCUGUCCAGCCUCCUCCAAGAGAAAACGAAUAUCAACCUGGAGAACCAACCUCAUCAUCUAAAGGAGACGGAGAGAAAUAUCAAAGAGAAGCAGCACAGCCUCUUGAUCCACCAAAAAGAAAGUUCAAAGAGAAGAUACCGAUUAAAGGUUCUUCUGCUCAAGAUCAGAGUUCAACGAGUGGCCCAAGACAUCAGGACUCCUCCAUCUUAAAUCUAGGUGAAGCUGCCUCUGUUGACGUCAUAAAACAAUCUUCAGAGCUCAUGCCUCCUCCUCCUCCAGUCAUACCUGUGAUUAAGAAAAAGCCUGAAAAGCCUGGACACCACGACUUUGCUGUUCCGCUGCCUCUUAAAGAUGUUGUGCCUGCUGCUGCUGCUGCUGCAGCCUCUUCAUCUCGCAGUAGACCAGCAGGUAAACGAGAAGCCCCAUCCUUGCCUCUUUCCGAAGCUGCUGUAAAAAUAUCGAAGACAGAGGAGGAAUUGACUUCCCCAUCAGGAAUAGCUUCUCUAGUAGCUUACGGUGACGGUGACUCGUCAGAUGAAGAAGGAGGAAGUCUUUCCCCAGACGACAACCGAAAUGAUGGCAAGCAAAAUAGAGAUGUCGGCAGAAACCGGCAGGGGGCUACCAGGCUGCCAUUUUGGGCCGUCAGAAAGUAGUUUUGUAGUGAAUAAAAAGGGUGGGUGGGUUCAACUGGAGAUCAAAGGGAUAGGGAAUUGUGUUUUGAAACGCUGCUCCAAAUUGUUUUUUACUUAGGUAACAUUUAUUCGAUAUUUUUGUCGUGAAGGGUGGAUGUUUCUCAUCAAGACUGUAACUUUGUCUUUCAUCUUUACAACGCGGCCACUGUGAGGAUUCUUCUCCGGGGGUUCUCGCAGCACUUCCUGCUUGCGGCUGGUCUGGUCUGGUUGGUAAUUAACAUGCUAUUAACUCUGAACCCCUUUGUUCUGUUAUCUUGAGACUGGUACCGAAAUUUCGCUUAAACUACUACUGGCAACUCCAAACAGCAGGCGAAAAAGACGAAAUAAUUUUGCGAAAUUUUAAGUCUUCAAAGAUCAUUACGGGGGUGACAUCGAAGGGAAACAGCUUGACUGGUACGGCACUUAAGCGUGAAUAACUCACGUAACAGUGUAUACGAAAAUCGUUAUUGUUGACUUCGUGUUUGAGUACCCCUGAAGGCUGUCUUUAUCGAGCAAAUGCUUUUCUUCCCUUCAAUUUUAAUUUAGGUUUGGUUUGCUUCUUGAAUGUCUUUCAACUCUCAGGGCAAGUUAACGUUACAAGCUCGUGAUCGUUUCUUCGGCCGACCAUGUUUACUUUAGAGUUGGAGUGGAAGACAGGGGAAGGGGGUAGGAGAAUUCCAUUUCCCCACAUUUUUCCCUGUUCUUCCUUUCGAUUGAAAUCCCCAUUGUACAAAUUUCUUUCUUUCCCCAGCGUUCAGCUGCCGCAAAAGUCAACGAUGGCAGCGAUGAUUUUUACCAAAAAGAUACUGAGCAGUCGCUAAAAUUACGCCUGCUUUAUGGAGUAUCACCACAAUUGAGAUCGUGGAAGAAAACAGAAACAAAACAAUAAUAUCAAAUGAGGAGUAAACAAAGGGUCUGUGAAUGGUGGUGAAGCAAAUCAUUUUCCAAUCGAUUUUCUGUGUCUGCGAGUUUUCUCCACUUUUGUCGAAUUUUGUUGAUUUAUCGUCAUUAUUGUAGCAAUUAUUAUUGUUAUUAUUAAUUUAUGAUUAUUUAUGGUGAUGAUUAUUAUUAGCAUUAUUAUUAUUAUUGUAACCACCAGUGUGGUGUUUUGCUUUUGAUCUUCUUAAGAUCCUGUUAGCCUUUGGGUGUGAACAGAAACGCAAUUUUCAAUUUUUUUUCCCCAUAAAUCAAAAAUAAGAAACUAGGCUAAAUAGGCUUGUUUUAAAAAGACACACCAUGUUCGGGAAUUUGAGAGUAUGUGCAGUAGUUUAUGAUUUGACUGACUUAGUAGCGAAAGAGUAAAGAGUUUUUGGUUGAAAUAUACAUGGUGCUUUUUAUA